GCCGAGGGACGAGAGAGGAGCAGCCUGGAGUCUAACAACACACACCUGCCUGUUCCAAAGGGCUUCGGUGACGGCUCCAUCUUGCCAGAAGACCUCCUUCAAAAAGUUGAAAUAGAGGAAGAGGAGGAGCCAGAGCUUAUCCUGGAUGGAGGUCUGCCUCGCUACACCUCCUUCUCCCUGGCCUCUGACCUCUUGUCUCCUAUGGAGGAAGGCAGGGAGAUGGCUGUGGACGAGGACGUUGAGGUGGAUGAAGAUGAGGAGGAGAAGGAGGUGAAGAUGCAGGAUAAAGUGGAGGAGAACACAGGCUUGUUACCCAGGAAACCUCCUCCGUCGUGGGAGGAGUGGAAGCACAACUCCUCCAGCUGGGCGGGAGCAGCAGAGGAGACUUGGAGCAGAGAGGAGCAGGAGGAGCUCAGCGACAGGGAGAAAGAGGAGCUCAGCGACAGGGAGAAAGAGGAGCUCAGCGACAGGGAGGAAGAGGAGGACCUGCAGAGAUCUGACCAUGACAACAUUGUGUCAUCAGCACAAAGGAUUCCGGACUUCAGAGACAGUGAAGCAGACUCUGAGCUCACUCUGACAGACACCGACACAGAGUUGAUUAACAGUAAGAGAAGGAAGAGGCGGAGUCAGGGAGGAGCCUCUCUACCAAUGAGAGGAGGCCACGGAGAUCUACCUGAGAGAGAGGACGGGGAGGGAGAGGAAACUCCUGCCUUCAGUCACUGGGGACUCCCUCGCAGGGUGGAGGUGUGGCCUGAGGAGGGCCAGUCUCUGGGUCUGAGCAUCGUGGGAGGUCAUCAGGUCAUCAAGCGUCUGAAGAACGGAGAGGAACUGAAGGGGAUCUUCAUCAAACAGGUGUUAAAGAACAGCCCUGCUGCCAAAACACAGUGUCUGAAGACUGGGGACAAGAUCCUUGAGGUGUCAGGUGUUGACCUACGAGUGGCCAGUCAUGAGGAGGCGGUGAAUGCCAUCAAAUCCGCUCCGAGCCCCGUGGUCUUCAUCGUCCAGAGCCUGUCCACCACUCCACGGGCGCCAGCCCCCCCACCUCUGAGACAACUCCCUCCCUACAGACCUCCCAGCCACUCAGAUCAGGAGCUGAACUCUGACCUGGAACAGGCCAAAGAGCGUUGGUGUGAGCGGUAUGGAGACCUGCCGGGGGAGCUGCUGAGCGUGGAGCUGGAGAAGGAGCGCCAGGGGCUGGGUAUCAGUCUGGCAGGAAAUAGGGAUCGUUCCCGCCUCAGCAUCUUUGUGGUGGGACUCCAUCCGGGGGGGCCGGCAGCUCGAGACGGACGCAUUCGGGUGGGAGACGAGCUGCUGGAGAUUAACAACCAGGUUCUUUAUGGGCGGAGUCACCAGAACGCCUCGGCCAUCAUUAAGAGUGCCGCCUCCAAGGUGAAAGUCAUCCUGCUCAGCUGGCUGUGAGUAUUUCGAGUUCGGUUUUCAGAAGUGACUCCAUGUAUUUGGCUGUGGAGCUCUCCUCCGUGCCCUCGGGUAAGCAAAACACUCGGAUGUUGUUUCUCCUCGAUCUCCCCUCGAGAUCAGUCAAUUUUCCUUGCAUCAAUCGAGUCGGCUCCAUCAUCACCGACAUCACUUCAUUCACCUCCGUCUUCCACUCUUCCAUAUCUUAUAUGCGCUCCAGCGCCUCGGCUAUGCUCACCCGUUGCGCCUGCAGCUCUUUGUUGUUCUCCGUAAGUUUACGGUCGAGUUCUUGUCGCAGAUAAGUGAUGUCCUCCCUCAGCUCCUUCUUUAUUUCGUCUUUGAAUGUGGAUAGUUCUUGUCGUAGUUCGAGUUUAAUGUCUUUAAUUUCUUUGCUAAUGGCGGCAAAGCCUGCUCGCAGUGCAUCUGAGCCGUCGUGUUCGCUAGUAUGGUGUUCGCUAGCCUCGUGCUCAGGGAUUUCAUCCAUUGUAGGUUGAUUUUUCACCUUGCCUGGUCCUUUACAAUUUUUACUGUUCCUCAAUGUUUUUACCCCACUCAUUCCUUACUUUAAACGUAGAGUUAUUUGCAUUUAGUGGGAUAAUUUGCCCGACCUGGGAGAGCCUCUCACUCACACAACCAGUCUCUCCGCCAUCUUGUAGAAGUCCUCCAAUCGUUUUUUUUUAACUAGUUUUUGGAAAAUAUCUGGAAAUAAGAUCUGUGUUUGACACAAAUUUAAGAGACGGAUCACAUUUUGUUCUACGACAUUAAAU